UUGUCAAUGACAACGAGCAAAUAGGUUGAAAACUACCUUGUAAAAUCAAUGAUUUUGUGAAAAAUAUAUGAUAAUCAAAAGUUAAAAUGAUAGCAAACGAACCAUUAGACCUUGAUAAAUGUUUCGAAGUUGGAAAGUCUGUUGCAAUAGAGGCUGGGAAGGUUAUUAAAGAAGCAUUCAAAAAGGAAAAAAGAAUUGAAGUGAAAGGUUCUGCUAUCGAUCUCGUGACGGAGACUGAUCAGAAUGUGGAGAAGAUGGUGAUUUCCACAAUCAAGGAGAACUUUCCCACACAUUGUUUUAUUGGUGAAGAAUCAACUGCUGCUGGUGUGAAAAAUGAACUCACUGACGACCCAACAUGGAUAAUAGAUCCCAUAGAUGGCACAACUAACUUUGUCCAUACAUUCCCCUACACAUGUAUAUCCAUCGGUUUACUGGUCAACAAAAAGCCAGUGAUAGGUCUUGUGUACAGUCCGGUCCAGAAUGAAAUGUACACAGCUCAAGCAGGCAAAGGUGCCUUCUGUAAUGAUGAAAGAAUCUAUGUUUCAUCCUGUAAAGGAUGUUCUAGUUCUUUAGUAUUAACUGAAUAUGGCUCUAGUCGAGAUGAUGCAAAACUUCAACUCAAGAUUGAGAACAUCGGGCGUGUCGUCCGCCAUGUUCAUGGAAUUCGUUCCGUUGGGUCGGCCGCCAUGUCAAUGUGCCUAGUGGCGUCAGGUGCAGCAGAUGGAUAUUACGAGUAUGGCUUGCAUUGUUGGGAUAUAGCUGCAGGGGUUCUGCUUGUAGAGGAGGCCGGUGGCAUCAACAUGGAUCCACUAGGUGGACCUCUGGACAUCAUGAGCAGAGGCAUCUUGUGCACUUCGUCCAAGGAACUGGCUGAACAAAUAUCCAAGGAUAUUCAACCAAUUGAAUUUGAAAGAGAUUGAGUUUUUAAGACUUUCGAUAUGCUCUGAAAAUUCACUGGACACCUCUCUAUUAAGGACACUGCACUUGAUUUCCAUUGAUAUUGACCUCUGUAACCAAGACUCCUCUUGAUCAAGGACAGCAUUUGUCUGCCCCAAGGGUGAUAGAGUUUCCUAUUCGGGAAGCUAUGUAGUAAUUUAUACAGGGUGGAUCAAUAAGAAAUGAAAUGCCAGACAAAAAUAGGUAAUCAAAAAUACGUAAAUCAAAAAUCAGACAUAGUGACAAUACUAUUACUAGCCUCUUAUAGUAGGAUGGACAAUCUCUUGAAAUAUUUUAACUUUUGUUGGUGUUGUGCUAGAAUGGUAGAGAUGAAAGAAAGGGUAACUGGUAAUUAUUGAUACAGUAAAAUAUUAGGCCAAGUAACUAGUCAGCUAUUAAUUGUUUACAUGUAUUUUGCUUAUUUUUCUAAUGUUCUUUUAGAAUCGUAGAAAUUUAGAACAUUUGUUUAACUCAAUGUGUACGUGUUUAUAUCCAUAUGCAAUAAAAAUGAAGGAAU